UACUUUUUCAGAGAAAUACUAUGGCCGCCAUGGUGCAAUUUAGAAGGAGCCCAAAAAUCCGCGACGAAUACAUUUUCGCCCGCGACAUCGUUUUCAAAGUAGCCCAAUUUGGUGGAAAACCUGUGAACAUGGCAGCACUGCUUUGAGUUGACAGCCUGCACGUGCGCAUUUCUGCGCGAGACGACCGUUAGCCCCGAUUACAAAUUUCUGCACAUUCCCUUAGCUAGCCAACGUCGCCAUGACAUCGCCUACAAUUGUGAACAAGAUUUCUAUAGAAGCAGUUUCUGCCUACAAUCUUCAUUCUGUACUGUCUUUGACUGAGCUAUAAUAAGAUCGAAACCAAUCAGGGCCACUGUUAAAUCAAAGUGUGGGACACUGAACUAUGCAGCAUGUAUGUCUCCAAAAGGAUCUCCCAUGCCUAUUUUGUCUGUGAAAGAAGGCCCACUUUGACCUCUGCCACAGAGACAUGCCCACACAACUUUGCCGAAAUGCUGCCCACGGAAAUGAGCUUGAAGAUUUUUAGUGAACUGGACAUUGACAGCUUAUGUAGUGCAUUGUUGACCUGCAAACUGUGGCACCACAUCAUUGAAGACAGCGACCACCUCUGGAGGAAUCAUUGCCUGACUGUGCGAGCUUUCUGUCAACAGGAGAUUGAUGGGGACAGACAGUAUGGACUGUCAUGGAAGGUCACCCUGGUGCGGAACUACAGGAGAGGUUUUCUGAAGAGCGAAUGGUUAAGGGGACGAUACAGCAACAUUAAUUCUGCCGAUGAACUACUGGACAGGAACAUGUGCUCAUUGGAUGUCGAGACUUGGGGCGAGAUUCUGGAAGCAGAGCUGGAGAGAUAGAUGCAAAUCCCAUAAAGAGCUAUGAAUGAACCUUUUAGAUUUUCUUUUAUAAUUAUGUCUUAAGCACUUAUUGAUUUGUUUUAUACCUUUUAUACAGUUUAUGUGAUUAUGGUGAAUAAUCACAAACUUGUAUAUCUUUUUUUGUUAUACAUUAAUAUAUGGUAGGCUAUAUUCCAGGAAAAUAACGAUACCCUUUAGUGAAUUCCUAAAUCAGUGAUACAAUUGGGCCUUCACCACACUGAAUAAAGUGGGCUAUUAAGAUGUUAAUUUGCAUUUACAGUAUAGCACUAAAGUGUAGCACUUUUACUACUUGGCAGUAUUUAUUAGCUAUUUAAACUCCUUUGGUUGACAGUGUGUAUAUGAGUUAUACUGUAUACAAUAAUACUCAUAAUGCACUGUAUCAGAUAUAUGGGGCUGGAGCACUAUAUUUUCUAUUUUAAUUAAUUUUGACAUGACUGUUCAUGUGUUCACUUCAUGUACAGCCAUGCAUAUUCAUGUGUUACUCACUGUAGGCUAUAUCACCAUGGAUCACCAUACAUUCAUUGAAAGACAUCAUGUCAGCAUUUUGAUGCACAAACACAUUUGGUGUGGUGCAUAAUAUCUUCAAUAGUCUAAUUCAAUUAUUGCAGAUAGUUUAAAUAUGGCAAUUUACUUUGUCUUUAUAAUUAUGGUACUAUCUGCCACUGUAUCAAAAGCCACAUCCACAAAUUAAACGGCAAUGAAACUUCGGGUUCUUUAACAAAGGUCCACUCUUUCAGCAGCAUGGACAGGGCCAAUUCAAAUCAAUUGACGGACUUUCUACGGUUUCUAACAAGAUCCAAUGUCAGCACUUCGGACAGGGAUAGCUAACAAUAUUCAAAUGAAUGGAUUCAGACAUUGAACAUUAGGAUAGUUCACCCUAGAGUGUUAAUUGUUGAUUUAUAGUUGAAUACAGUGUGUGGGCCUACAUCCUGCCGGUAUGUCCGUGCAAGCAUAUAGCAACCUAAAAACAAAAUAUACUGAGUGUA